CCCCGCGUUUAUCUAAAUGAGGAAGAAUUUGAAUUAAAAGUGAAACAAUGUAACGUUCGAGAUACACAGAUUCGGGAGUGUGUGCAGUUCACGUGCGUGUUCAUAAACAAAGAAAUGCCCGUUCUCAGCUGAAAACCAUGUUUUAUUGUCGAUUUCUGCUGCUUUGUUUUUAUCUGUUAUAUUUCUGCGCUGCGUUUCGCGUUAAUGCAACGUCUCCUCCGAGAAAUGCGAAAUCCUCUGAUAAUCUGCAGCACAUAGACUCUGCGGAGCAGAAUGCAGGUAGCACCAGAUACAAAAGAAGGUCCACUGAAGGUCUGGAGGGGUUCGAACCUGGUGAUGUUGCUCCUGCUUUCCAGGUGCACACUCUGGACGGAGGGUUUAUUUACAGUCCUCAGAACGACUCGAGGAGUGCGCUCAUCGUUCACGCGUUCACCAAUAAAUCCGCCUUUCUGGAGUGUCUGUGGACGUGGAGCGAGUCUCUGUCGGACCUGCUGACAUAUCUGCCGUCCAGCACUGAAGUCCUGCUGCUGUCCCUGGAUGACACUGCGCUGCAGGACGCCCUCUGGAUGAGAGAACAGGUGUACAGAGCCGCAGCUCGUGGAGGAAAAGAGAUCUUGUCCAGACUGCAUUUCUCUCCUACUCCUGUGUUUGCGCUGGGUAACUGGUUACCCAGAGUUCUGUACUCAUGGGGAUGUGGUGGACACAACUGCGGCCUCGCUCAGGUGCUUUUCUCCUCUCAAGACUGGAGCGCACCGGUGAUCACCAAGCGUCUCAAUGCCCGAUACGACUGGCUGAAUGGACGCUGGGGUGCAGAUCCUUACAGACUGCUGGAUGCAGGUGAUGGUUGUGAACCUGUAGCAUCUGUCAAAGGUGCAGUCGCGUGGGUAUCUGAGGGUGGCUGCUCUUUCUUCACAAAGAUAAAAACCAUGGCUGAAUCGAAUGCUACUGGAGUGCUGGUGUAUGCAUUGCCUGGGAAUCCCAUACAGGACAUGAACUGCUUAGGAGACGAUUGUUCCACCUCCAUCAACAUACCUGCGUCUAUGGUCCAUAUCGAACCAUCUGUCACGCAAGCACUGCGGUUCACAUUCAGUGAGGCUCUGCAGGAGCAGCUGAGUCAGCCUGCCGUUAUAGUGCCUGUGUUUGAUCGUCAUCUGAUGCAGGGAGAGACGGGAGCUCAAGCAUUGGUGGAUCUGCCUGGAGAUUUCAUGGAUUAUGAUAUUCUGGAAUUGGACGCCUCCCUGUCCUGUCCCGGCCGCAGGGACGAGACAUGUGCUCACUGGGAUCACACCGUACAGCUGUACGUAUGCUGCGAUCGCACCAGCCCAUACUGCAACCCAGAGCUCGGGCGCUGGAUAACAGCCUUCCGGAGAGGCACGGGUCAUUGGCUGACGGAUGUUUCUCCUUUGAUUCCCCUGCUAAAUGACAAGAAAUGUGUCUUCACCAUGAAGACUGUGCCAUGGGCCAUGCCAUGGAUGACGUCUCUCAAUCUACGCUUUAGUUACAGCAACCAGACAGGUAAUUACUCAGACAGACUGUACCCUCUCAAGGUAAUGUCACUCUUCCCUGGGGGGACGUUUGACAAGGACUAUAACAGCAGAUACCAAGAGAUCAAGUUCAGUCUUCCAGCUUCAACAAAGAAGGUGGAGUUAUAUGCUGUUAUCACGGCUCACGGGUCUGACGAGAACUUCUGCGGUGAAUUUUGUGUGACAUCACAUCAUUUCCUGAUCAACAGAUCCGUCAAUAACACCCUCGUGUUUGAGUCAGCUGGAUCACCUCUGGGCUGUGCCAUGCGGGUAUCUGAAGGAGCAGUGCCCAAUGAACACGGGACCUGGUUGUACGGCCGCGGAGGCUGGUGUGACGGGCUCCAGGUGGAUCCAUGGAGGACCGACAUCACUUCCCAGCUGGACAUGAGUGGAACCAAUUCUGUCCUUUACUUUGGACUCUUUGAAGAACGCAAUCCAGAUCCAAAGACUAAUCCGGGGUACAUUAUUAUGUACUCCUUUCUAGUGUUUUAUAAAUGAUUUCACAGACAGAAAAUUCAGCAGAAUUUAAUUCUCACUUUUUUGGCAGCAUUUUCCUACAUUCAGAAGCAUUUCUUUUUAUUUGGUGAUUUUGUUUUCAUUUUAGUAUUCCCUAAAGCUGCUUAUUUUUGAAAGGUAUUUUCGUUUAUAAAUGCUUUCUGACAUGAUUCAAUUUAUCAUAAUUUUUAAAGCAGUUGACACCUGAGAUUAGACAGUCACAUAAUCACACAUACAGUAAAUUGACAGAUCUUUUUCAAAUAAAUUGUGUCUUGAGAGAUACACAUCUGUCUCACUUAAAUCAUUUAUUUGCAUUACUAGCUGUGUGUACU